CACGAAUUUUCGAGACCCCUUAGGACAACACUCAUCGGCGACAUUCAGCGACAGCAGCCCCACGAGCCCAUCAAAAGUCAUCACCAGCACCAUUUACCAUGUCUGACUCUCAAGUUACCUUGAGAACUCGCAAGUUCAUCCGCAAUGCCCUUCUUGGAAGGAAGCAGAUGGUUGUCGAUGUUCUCCACCCCAAUAGGCCCAAUGUCUCCAAGGACGAUCUUAGGACCAAGCUCGCUGAAUUGUACAAGGCCAACAAGAACCAAAUUUCUGUUUUUGGUUUCCGCACACAGUAUGGUGGUGGCAAGUCCACUGGGUUUGCUCUGAUUUACGACACUUAUGAGGCUCUUAAAAAAUUUGAACCCCACCACCGUCUUGUUAGAUUUGGAGAGGCAACCAAGAUUGAGAAGGCGUCCCGCCAACAACGUAAACAACGCAAGAACAGGGCCAAAGAGUCGAGAGGUACUGCCAAGACCAAAGCGGGCAAGGACAAGAAGAAGAAAUAAACUACUCAAUUUCCGGUUAAAAGUUAGAAUCUCAAAAACUAGCCUUCACUAUCCACGGGACUUGAAAAUGGGCGGGGAUAGGUUACUGGUUGGUGGAUGGAAAGUGAAGGGUUGUGUGCUAUUGGAGAGAUUUCGGUUUUGUUUUUUAAUGUUCUGCUAUUCUUUACUGUGGGAUAAUUGAAAAAUGGAGCAGGGAACGGCAGGUCUACAUUUUAUUUUUUUCUAUCGCGGGCCCUUAGGCUUGGGGGUCCCAUAUCUUCAAUCAUGGCGCAAUUCUAGUUGUUUUUUUACACUUUCUGGUCGAACCACUGGUUCCGGUUUCUUUGGUAUGAUAUUUUGUAGAGAUAUUUGAAUUGUGGACAAGCAGGUACGGAAAAAAAGGUAAAUUUUAUGGGUGGCUUUCGUUUGUUAGGGGAGAUCUGAAACUCGCAUAUGAUUGUCCC